CAGAUUUGGGAGAAACUACAGAGCCUCUUCCAAGAUGCUGGUGGCCCUCCUCACAAUGGUCCUGCUGGGCCUGAGCUUUGCUCAGGAACCAGAACUUCAGAACCUAAACCAGGUCCCCAAUCAGAGGCCACCACCUUCAGGAUUCCUACCAAGACCACCUGGUAAUAGGAACCAGCAAGGCCCACCACCAAAAGGAGGCCCACAGCAGAGACCUCCUCAAGGCCCACCCCCACCAGGAGGUCCACAGCAGAAACCUCAAGGCCCACCCCCACCAGGAGGCCCACAGCAGAGACCUCAAGGCCCACCCCCACCAGGAGGCCCACAGCAGGGACCUCAAGGCCCACCCCCACCAGGAGGCCCACAGCAGAGACCUCAAGGCCCACCCCCACCAGGAGGCCCACAGCAGGGACCUCAAGGCCCACCCCCACCAGGAGGCCCACAGCAGGGACCUCAAGGUCCACCCCCACCAGGAGGUCCACAGCAGAGCCCCCCUCAAGGUCCACCCCCACCAGGAGGUCCACAGCAGGGACCUCAAGGCCCACCCCCACCAGGAGGUCCACAGCAGGGACGUCAAGGUCCACCCCCACCAGGAGGCCCUCAGCAAAGACCUCCUCAAGGCCCACCCCCACCAGGAGGCCCACAGCAGAGACCUCCUCAAGGCCCACCCCCACCAGGACGCCCCCAACAGAGACCUCCUCAGCCUGGAAACCAACAAGGCCCUCCACAAGGUCCCCAGUCUGGCAGACCUCAGGGACCUCAGUAAACCAGAUAUCAGUGAAAGAAACUAAGAAAGUGGUUCCCUCACACUCUUCUUCCACUGCCACCACAGGAUGAGAACUGGAUCUUCAUUCACUGCAUUAAUAAAAUGAUCAGCAUGCAACUUCUGAUUGGUGUAUUUCUUUCUUGGUGUUCUUCCUCCCACAAUAUCAGGACUCACAAUUACCUAAAAUCACCCAUAUUCUCUCAGGGCUUCAGCCUGUAAUUUCUCCCAGCAACUGUCCAUAAGCCAGUUACCAGGUACCAGGUCUUUUACUGCUGUGUUUCUGCCUGAGUCAUAAAGCAGACACUCUCUUCCCAGUGUUGUGUAGUAUCUAUCUCUGAAAAUGGGUGUUUGGGUGUUGCUUUGCCUAAUCUGGGGUGCAAGGUCAAGCAGCUAUGAACCAAAUGCCAAGGCAAAGGGUCGUGGUGCAUAUGGAUGUGUCCUGGGGCACCAGUGUGUCUCAGAGAAAGGGAGGAAUGACCAAACAUCUUUGGAAGAAGUAGUAGGCUGAUAGGCUAUAAUCACUGAUAUACUGGUCUGCAGUGGCUAUAGGUCAUCCAAGGUAGAUAGCAGAGUUUUCAAGACAUGGCUGCACCCUUGUGUUGUCUUACUCAUGGUUUCAUGUCCUCUACAAAACAUCAUGGCCAAGAAGCAAGUUGGAGUGGAAAGGACAUAUUCACCUUACAAUUCCACAUUUCUGCUCACAACCAAAGGAAAUUAGGACUGAAUUC